CAUUUUAUUCCUCCUGAAAAUUCUUUCAUACCAAACAUAAAAAAAAAAUAAGUGGAAAAGAAAAGGCAUUAAAACCGUGUUUAAAUGCUAUUAAAUAUUUGUUAAGUGGAAUUUCACCAUUCAAGUGCUACGCAUUUCUGCGAUUUAUUUUCGCGAAACAUUCCAUAACGAAAAAAAAAACAGUGGGUUUUGUGUUGGUAUCAAGAAGCGGCCAGAAAAAAGGAGAAAAAAAAUCACAAGCACAUUAAACGGAAUAAAAAGGCAAAGACCGCAAAUAUUUUGCGACUAAGCACCAAAUCAUAACAAUUAACAGCAGUUUUAUUGCCGUGGCCAAAAUCAGAUGGAGCAAAAAGUGUCUCGAAAUAAUUGUGUUGUUAUGUUAUAAGGAUUCGUGUGAUGAAUUUAAAUUUUAAUGAAUUAUUGACAAUUAUUCAAAUUUCUGGGUGCGAUAAAGUGCACGACGAGGUGGUGGUAGUAACGACGGCGGCAGCGACAACGAUACUGCCGCUCAAAAACAGAAUUUGUGAACCGUAAAUCAUUGUUGUCCCAUUGAAAAUCGCCAAACACCAAACAAGAAAAAAAGAGACCCGAAAUUUUUUUCGCGAAUAAAAAAAAAACAAACGGAAAAAAUAAACACAAGAAUCACGGUCGGCAAAUGAAUGAGAAUGUGCGGGCAAUUUCAGAUUGUUUGCUCAUAGUUGAUAACUGUUUAGAACUCGGUGAAAAAGCGACUGAAGUAAUUAAGCACGAUUGAGAAAAACAUUGAAAAAAAAUUGUUAUUCGAAAAAAACUGGUUACGUGCUUCAUGAAGUAAACAAAAUUAUAAAUACAAGGAAGACGAAACAGAAAAAAAUGUCGAAAAAGUGAAGAGUCAAACGAUAGAGAGAGAGAGGGGGGAAGAAAAAAACGCAAUUGUGCUUUCGGCAAUCCAAUUGGAACAGCAAGCGGUAUUCAUAUUUCGUAAAAGAGAAAUUCGGGUAGAAAAAAGUCUCGAUUGUCCCGGGCAAAAUGACAGAGGAAAAAGAAGAAAAUCACGACUCUGACGUGGAAAAUGAAAACUCCAAAAACAAUCAAAAUCAAGGGUUUGUAUUGAAUUCAUAAUAUCUAUACUCGUGUGUUUUGGCUUCUUUUUUUCUCCUUCAUCUCCUCUAAUCCACUGUAUACACAUGCAGCGGAUAGAAACAAGGAAAUGAAGAAGAAGAAGAAAAUUCCGCGAUUCUUUAUUUAAACUAAAUGAACAGUGAAACGGUGAACAUGGAAGCGCUCGCAGCUAAUGUGUUCGAUUGUUGACAAGCCAGCGGCAUAGCCAAGUGGGGGUUUGGGGGUUCAACCCCCCCCCCGAACUCCAAGAAGAAAAAAAUAUUUUAUAUACUAAAGAAAAAUUGGAUACAAGGUUACGAAUUAUGUAUCAAAAACAUUUUUCGCUUGCUUCGCUCGCGCCACUGAUACAAAUUUUUUCACCAAAUAUAUUUUUACUUUGAUUCUAUUUGCCUUGAAGUUUCAUAUAAUUUUGAUUAAAAAAAAUUCACCUCCCCCUUGAAAAUCAAGUAACUCAAAAACCCCCCUUCCUUAAAUUCAUCUCUGGCUACACCGCUGUGACAAGCUGAUGGUUAGAUGGGUCCGUUUGGCUGGUGAAGCGCGAUUCAUAAAUUGUGCACCAUUCUCUCGCAAUUCUUCUGAGCACAAUGCAGAACGGAAUCAAAUGUCUCUCCCAAAGCUGUUCCCAUUCAAUGUUUGCGCUUGAUCGAAAUGUGACAAACCAUCAGGAAAAAGAAUACCAUGCAAUAUUUUGCCAUUCUUAUUUAAUGUGGAUGUCACAGCGUUGAUUUGUGGCAUGUAUUUUACUCAAUCAUUAGAUUUUUCACAUUCUUCUACGACGAUGACAUCGAAAAAGUUCCAAGUAAAAUACAAUUGUGAGCGUAAACUUCUACUUCUUCUUCCUCAUGUAUAAAACACAAUUAUCUUUUCCGUGUUCGCCAAAAACCAUAUUGUUACCAAGGAGUUGUUCGCUCUAUCACACACUCUCGCUCUCUCGUCUCUUAAAUUUACGAGAUGAAAAUUAUAUGGCAUGGCAUUUACAGUUUUUGUUGUACUUUUACUACGCAAUUCAAACUUUCGCUUCCCACACGCACGAAUUAAAAUCCAUGUAGAAACAUACUCAGCUCGUUUAAUUUUUAAUAAUUGGAGCUCAUUCAUUUUUGAGACAUUUUAAUUUCGUCGACCAACAACCCAAGUUUAAACUGGAAAAUUAAUGAAAACUGUUUGCAUUUUCCUCUUGGCUCCUUGCCUUCUUGCCUUCUUUCUAUUGACGGUGCGCGGGUGUGAUGGGCUCGGGUUCAAAAGAGUGUGAGAUGAGCUGUUGGAGUGUGUUGUGUGUAAGAUAUAAUUCAGACAAAGAGAGAGGGAGAUUUGUUGUGAUUAUGUGUAGGUAUGGUGUUGUGAUGAGCUAUUUAUACAAGAGAGAAAAGGUUUAUUUGACGUGGCAAGGAUAAGGAGCAUCAUUCCGAUAUAUAGAUUCUAUUGGUGCCAUGGUUGCUGGUACUGCUGAUGAUGGUGCUGUUGCUACCGUUUCAUGUGUUGAUAUACACAUGCAUACUAUAUUCACCGUGUGUUUGCAAUCCAAGUUAAGCACCAAUUCAUUAUUCCAUCCAAAUGAAUUAGUGUUCCACGUAUGUAAAUAUAUUAUAUUCAAUAUCUAAUAUUUACAUUAUCUUUUCCCAUUGUCAUUAUGAUUAAGCAGAGCAUUUACAAUGCAAAUAAAAUGACAAUUCUAUUCCUUUUGAAUUGAAACAAUAUAAUGGUAUGACAUGCAGCUUAAUACAAACAUAGAUGCGGGACAGUGAAAAGCAAUCAAGUUAUAGCAACGAACAACAUAAUAAAAUAAUUCUUGUUUUUGCACACACAUUGAAUGAAAAUCGCAACGACAAAUGAAACGGAAAUGCGCUGAAAAACUCAAAUGACAACAUAUCAUAAAAUAAAAGCCACUUUUGUGCAACAUUAAUGAAAUACACGAUUUCGAUUGCCAUCGUGGCAAGAAUGUAGGACAUUCGACACAGAGACGAGAGAAGGAUAAAAAAAACACACUAUAUUUUUAUGUAUACACACAUAUUCAUGCCAUCAUCAUCAUUGUCGUCGCCGUUGCCGUCCUCAUUGUCGGGCGGCGUUCACAUGAGUCAAAUCGAGUGUAUGAUGUUAGCAUGCGGUAGAGAAAUGAAAACAACUCAAAAAUAUACAUCAAUGUGAGUUAUGAAUGCAAUAGUAUCAAUCCGGGUGUAAUUAUAUAGUUCGCUUACAUGAAAAUUGAUUUUCAUACAAUUUUUUCCGUUUGCCUGUCGAUUUUCUCUUGCUACAUUUUUUUUGGAGUUCAAACGCGCUCCGUUUCGCCACUUCUACACACAUACACACCGGAAAAAAAUGCUUAAAUUUGUGUUAUACUUUCGCUUGGCUUCGACAUGAGUAAUCGAAAUGGAACUCAUUAUAAAUUUUUUAUGUCAAAACAUAACGGAAAAUUUGUCAAUGUACUAUAAAAACCUGCAUUUCCACCUCUCGCUGUCGCUUGCAGCAGAGGCAUUUUUAAUAGCCUUUUGCAUAUGGCGAACCAAAUUGAAUAUUCGAAAUUAUCGACAGCAUUAUCCAAACGUGAAAAACGUGCUCACUUUUCCGUAGCUAUUGAUAGAAACGUAGAAAUACUUUUCUCUACUUUUCUUCCUCUCUCCCUUUCUGCUAUGUUUGUCAUUCAACGAAAAUAUUGGAACAGAGAAGCCUUGCAUUAUCUCCAACGAAUCGAUCAUUAUGUUGUCGUUUGGUUUAUGGUUUUUUCUUUCUCUGCUUGUGCUUUGAGAAAUCAACGCUCUUGUACCGCAGCGAUUAACGUAAUUGUAUAUCCAAUAUUGUCCGAUGUCAUUCGAGUAAUGACAAUUUGAAAACAAUAAUCGGUGGACCUCGCAACACAACUGUAGCCCAUCAAAUGGAAUUCGCACGAUUUGGAUCUAAUGUCGUUUUUGUUGUUGCAUUUUUUUUGUGAAUUUAUAUUCCUUAAUAACGAACAGAAGCGCAACGAGAGAGGGGAGGGAGAGAGACAGCUGUGCUGUACUGUAUUUAUUCGAUGUUUGGAAUAAUUCGAGCAGAAAAAAGGGCAACUUCCAUUAGACUCGACAAUAUCGACAUUUCAAAAUGCGGCAUCUUUCACUCAUUCCACUCGUUGCUGCUUCUGGUCGUUUUUCGUUUUAAUUCACCACCCAAUGAUUCAAUUUGGAUCGACUUUUGGCGAACAUACACACCAUUCGGAUAUCGAUUUCUCCAGCCGCAUCCAUAUUUAAUCGUAAUUAAUUUUUAAUGGGACUUUCCCUUAAACACCAAUUCUGUGUUCUCUCUCCCCUUCUUCCACUCUAUGGCUGGCCCCGCAGUCGAUGUCAUUCAUCGAACGGUUGGUGUAUGUGCCUCUUUGGGCGCAUUUACCAUAUUAUCAUUAGAACGCACAACCGCUUCAAGGAAAUCAAAAUGCGGUAAAUUUACGGAAAAUUUAAAUAUAUAUAUAUAUGGGUUUUUUAUCGAAUCAACAGCGUUUCGUAAAAAAGUAAUAAGAAAAAGAAGAAGGAGAAGAAGAAGAAGAACGAUGCCGACGACGACGAGAUGGGAAAAAAUGCGAUUCAAUCAAGAAGUAAAUGUUUUCUUCUUCUGCUGAGUGAGUGUCUUUCACAUUGACUGUGAUUGAUUUUUUGUCGUGUGCUGGAUUCGCAUACGCGAAACAGGUAUGGCUGUAUCAAACAACAGUUUGAAACUCAAGACUCAUGAGCUUGGAAGACAGAAAUAUAUACACAUAUUAGACGUAAAUCGUAUAAUGGAAUAUCCUGGCAUUCGUUGUGCUCCGAGUCACAUUCAUAUACUCGGUGAUAAUAAAAACAUAUUAUCUGUACUUGCUUUUUGCGUGCUAGGUAUGGUGGGUAUGUUCGUACGCUCGAGAGCUUGCUGGCGGGCGGGAAGAGGCAUGUGAGUACGUGCAUCUCCCGUAAGUAGUAUGGAAACAUUUUCAAACCGAAUUGCUAUUACAUGUACACACAUUUUUUUUUCUUCUGCGAAUGGGAUUGCAGGCAAAUUCAGCGUGAAAAUACACGAAAACUAGAUUUCAAGAGUGUGUACGUAGUUUGAUGGAAAUUUAUGCUUUGUUUGGGUGGUGUUUGUGGUAUAUUCUAGCAAUCACACUGAAUCACGCAGUGUGCGGCUCCAGUCGCGUACCCACUCGCUCACUUGUUUGUUGAUUUGUGUUGUUUCCCAUUACAUUGUUGAAUAACUUGUUGUUUCACAUUCUUGUGCAAUUCGCAUAACUUAUCUUUUCAAAUAAUUUCAUUUCGAUAGCAUGCAUCCGAAAUAACACGAGCAUAUUCGUAAUACAAAGUCUCUCACAAGCACGCAACAUCCAAUUUAUUCGCAAUUUUACGAUUCUAUUAUUACAAAUUAUUUUAUAAUACAAUUGAAUCGAUCGCACACAUUUCGUGCCGUGACGUUCAAGAGGCUUACGCCGACAGCCACAAAUGCCAGAGAAGAAGAAAAAGAACGUCGAAAGAGGGAAAAAAUCGAUCGCUGUCGUAAAAUCAUUUCAAAAAUCUGUGUCAGAUCGAUUCGGCAUUAGAGCCCAUAAGUCCGAGUAUUUUUCAUUCAAGUAUGUUUUUGUUGCAAAAGAAAUACAUUAAAUUGUGGAAUGGCUUGCGCUUCGGCAUUCGUUCAGUCUGUACGUAUACAUAUAUUUAUUUUCGACAGCCUGCUAAAGUUUUCCUUCCAGCAUUACAUAUUUUGCCGCUGUGUGUGUGUGUCGUGUUUGUGAACGCUUUUCAAUUUCUUGCAUCAGCCCGUUACACGUGGCGAUAGAAAAUAGGUAAGAACGAACCGAAGGAAAAAUGAAAGAAAGAACGAAAAAAAGAAGAAAUGUCGGCAAAAACGCCCAAAGUCCUUAUGCCGCACGAUGCCGAUGGUGGUUCACAUUUCUCUUUUCUCGGUUUGUCCCGCAUGUAUUUUCGUUCGUGUUUUGUUGCAUGCAAGGGAUGCGAAAAGAAAAGUUCUUCAGGCCAAGUGCUCGUAGGCUUACGAACAACAACAUCGCAAUUCAAUGUGGAAAUUCGCAUAUAAAUAGUCGAAUAAUCAUAACCAUGCACUGGGCUCGUCAGGCACAGCCAACAAUAGAAAACAGCAGUGGCAACAGCAACAACAACGAAAAGAAAAAAAUCGUUUCGAUUAUAUGCGAUUUUGGGUUUAGUCGGUGGAGUUUUUCCCUUUUCGACCACACGAAACCAAUAUUUACAUGAUUUUUUUCCCUGUUUCCCCUUUGUUCGGCACAGGGAUGGAUUUCCAUUUCGGCUGCGACCGAACAUGAAAAAAAGCGUCCACAGAAGCGAAAAUCAACGCUCUUGCACCCAUUCCCAAGUCACACAAGUGAGAAUGGCCGAUUCGACGAAUAAAUGCGUCACGCCAACAGAACUUAAUGUGGCAAAUAAUAAAUGAAAGAAACGAGCUAAACGAACUAGAAAAUAUUCUGAUUAUUCGCUAUAGUGCACUGUAAUUACUAGUUACCAGUCCACCAGUCCAGUGUGCUUGUUCACUGCUCACGUUCAAACCGCAUAUAACAAAUUACGUAGUCGAUUUUGUAUGCGUUAGCAAGAAUUUCGAAUCAUUAAGUGGUGUGCUAUGGUUUAAUAAUGGUUUGUUCUCUCACUCUCACUCACUCAGCCCAAGAGCAUGUGCUCUUUUUUUUCUUCCUCGGAUGUGUUCAAUAAAUUCAAAAUUGACUCUUCAAUCUUCUGGUUUUUCGGUUCUUCAACCCCCCUCCCCAGCUCUUCGUUCGGUUCGUGUGUUUUUCACGCGGAGGGAGAGUAAAAGUGUGAGCAAAUACAUACACAACGGAAUGAUUCGGGUGGCAAUCGUAGAGCUCGUAAAUCGAUUUUGCGAUUUCUACGCUACUUUUUUUCCAAUUUGUCUUCUUUUUUCUGCUUCUUUCGGGUGGAUUUGUUGUUCUAGUGGCUCAUGAUGAAUUACGUUAUGUUCCAUUUGUAAUGAAUGACAAAAACGACGGCCAAAAUAGAUUACAUAACGAUUUUGUGAAAUAAAAUAACAAUAAUAGACAGCGCCAACAUGAAAACACAACGAAUAUAUAUCGAAAGCGAAUCUCCACGAAAAAUGAAAAUGAAAACGAAUAUCGCGCAUAGCAAUCAUAAUAAUUGCAAUAUAAUACAUAUAAUAUAUAUGUUGAAAAACAAGCAGCAAAAAAAUGAAGAGAAUGCGAUCCGAUUUAUAUACCAUUCACAAAAGGAAUGGAGAGUAGCGAGAUUACGAAAGGAUAAAAUACUCUAGCUGGAGAUGGUAGACAAGGCAAAAAAUGAUAAUAAAAACACUUCCACACUGACAACACAUCCAGAUGAUAAACAUUCAUCUGACUAAGCAAGACACUGAAAUUGGAGAUGCGAAAUAAAUGUGUGAGACGGAUAGGAAAAAAAGGAGCAAGCAAGAGAGAGAGAGAUGAGGAGUGUGUGAGUGAGAGUGAAAGCUGCGUGUGUUGUACUGACCGAGAAUAAGAAUGAGCGCCAACGAAAAACGGUAGCUGCUGUUGAUGCUGUUGCUGCCGUUGCCGCUGAGGCAAUCGUGUGUAGGCAUGCACACGUUAAGUGACAAGAGUCCAUAAAGUGUCGCAUAAAAAUUUAUUGUUUGUAUCGGAAACGGUAGAGUGUUCACAUACAGAGAGAGUGAGAUACAUACACACCCAACAUUGUUCAUUCGUUCGUUCGUUUGGUUGGUUGGUCGGUGGCUCAUUCGCUCGCAAAAUCAUAAAUACCAAACUGAAACUAUGCUUUUACUAUAACAAAAUGAGACAAAAACCAGCUGUGGUGUUGCGCUGGCUGCCCAAACCUUCACACAAUGUGUGUGUUCAGUUCAGUGUUCUUGUCGCUUCUUCGCAGCACUCGCUUCGCGCUUGUAGUCGUAUAGUAUUUCAUAUUCAAAUUCCCACAUCGAUGCUGAUGCUGUUGCAAGAGAGCAAAAAAAAGACAGAUUCAGCGUUGCUUACACGAAUAGAACAGGCGAUAGACUACAUGAUUUAGAAGAAUUGGACCGAUGCAAAGAUUAAAAGAAAAAAAAACAAACCAACGGUUGAUGAGUACGAAAAAUUGAAAUUGGCAAAAAAACAGAGCAUCGAGAAGAGACAGUGAGAGAGAGAGAGAGCGAGAGAGAGAGAGAAAGAAAGCGCGCUCAACGCGCACAUGAUUUGUAGUAGGGUAAUGUACACUAUGUUAAUACACAUAAGUACUGAAAUCGUCGAAAGCAUAUUGUGUGUGCAAUGACGCGCACGUUCUUUCUUUCUCUCCAUAGCCAAAGCAAACGAACGAAAAAACGGCAUGAACGGUACACAUUAUCUAGUCGUCGACGGUUCUAUUCUGUUUUUCGUACGGAACAAUUGCUGUGGGGAGCCGCACACACACACACUCUCUCUCAUUCUCUCGCUUAAACAAAAGAUAUGUAUCGGAUUGAAUUGAGUGAGAAUCCAAUACGGCGAUGGUAUGCGGCCACGAUCGACUGAACGACUGCGACGAUGACUACGAUGAUGACGACAACGACAGUGGCGGAGGCGGCAAAUAAAUCGACGACAAGCGACGUUUCAUCCACAUCCAUUCUGUUGCAAGAACACUGAAGCUAUGCUCUCUAUCUACAGUGGAACUUCUCACUCAAUGGCCGUACAAUUUCAUGCAUACACAAUUGUUGGUAUGCGUGUAUGGGUUUUUGAAUUUCAUUUCGCUUGCUGGCUCGUUCGAUCGUUACGCUGCUUUCAAUAAAGUAGAAUUAUGUGUAUGAAUGCUGUGUGCAAUGUGUACCUGGUGGCUGCCGUCGUCGUCGUCGUCGUCAUCUCUCUGCCAUGCUCACUCACUCUUUCUCUCCCAAUCGCACGGUUGGUCGCUCACUCGGCGCGCACUUGUGUGUGUAUGGGUUUUUGUGAGCGGUUUAUUCGUGAAUGGCGUUGUAUUCGUGAGCAAAUUAUAGUAAUAUUCUCUCUCUCAACGAACGAACACACGGUGGAGUUAAACACCGAAGUCUGUGCCAACGAUUUUCAGUUUUUAGUUGAUACUAAACGCGAUAAGUCACUGCAAUCCGUAACACACACGCAAUAUAUUCGUGCAUACGCAAAAAUUCUAAGAGCUCCCAAACGAAACAACAUCACAUACAAAGGAAACAGAAACAGAAGCAGAAAUCGAAAGCAAAAAUAAUAAUAAACAUUACAAGAAUUGUUCGAAUCUAAUUAGAUUCCAUUCUGUUUCAAAUCAAAGCAGUUUAACAAUCGAUUGUGUUUCGAUCAGUGGAUUUUUUUUUAUUCUGUUGUUAAUUUCGAAAAAUUCAUAACAUUUCCCGUGUAUGCGCGCAUUUUAUUUCUGGUUAUUCCGUGUGCCGUUUUCGUCAGCAGUCUACUUUUAAGAAUAAUAAUAAUGCUCGUUUAAUCACUUAUCACGUUCGUUAAUAUUUAUUUUGUGUAUGUGUGCGCAUUUUAUCCAAGUUUCGGUUUGAUUUUGAUUUAUUUGAAUCGGUCAUUUCAAGUGUAGUUCUAUAUAUUUGGUGCUGGCAACCAAAAGAUACCGUUCCUCACAUGCUUACAGUGUGUUUGAUUGGUGACACAAAAAACUAUGUAUUUCGAUAAACUCAGUCGAUACAAAGAAUCAAGAUUCUAAACAAUUGUUUAUCAUCGAACCGACGACAUAGUAGGCGUAGAAGUAGAACAAAAUCAUCAGCAAGUACAACUAAACGAAAGGAGCGAAGGAAAUAAAAAGGCGCAUCUUUAUCCCCCCCGAUCAUAUCAAGCAGAAUAUGAAAGUUUUGAGCAAAAUAUGCUUUUUUAAAUAUUUCACGAGCUGUGUUAACGACGACGCGGUUGUUGAUGCAAAUGGAGCAUUAAAGAAAUGUAAAUAAAUUCAACAAAAAAAUAACCAAAAAAGCAUACAUGAACAACAAAGUGUUACUUAUAACAAUUAAGAAUUCUAUUUCUAUAGCACCACUUGUGUUUUAACCACGUCAAACAACUCAAGAGAAAGAGCCAAGUAGCGCAUCAAAUAAAAUAAUAAGUGUGUUUUUUGUUUGUAGCCGAAUUACAAGUGCCGUGUGUUUUUAUGCCCCGUCCAAUGAAGCCAGAGAUUCUUGAAAAUCUGUUUUAAGCCACAUGAACCAAAAAAAAUAAUAAUUGAAGUAUUUAUUCUCUCUCUCUCUCUCACUGCCGUUUGUUCUGUUGAGUGUGUGUGCAUCGACAGUUCAGGUCAGUUCUACUGCUGAUGCUGGUUGCUUUAUUUUUCAUAUCUUCUUCUUCUUCCAUGAAUUUAAAUAUGAAUAAAUAUUUCUGUGUAUUUCAUUAAAUAAUUUAUUUCGGUAGCCCGAACGCUGUGAAUAUAUGCGGGAUGUUUGAAUGUGAUGUUGAUGAUGUUAAAACAAGAGACAUUUCAUCUCUUUCGCUCUCUCGCUCUCGAUUGGAUAAAAAAAUGCGUCGACGAACAUUUUUUCGUGUGGAUAAAAUUUUAUUAUCAUCAUCUGCUUUGUUUGUUUCGCUUAUUUCGUUUCGUCUUUUUUUUGCACUUUGUUUCCCGUUUCUAUUGCGCUCUCUUAACGCGCUUAAUAUCGGUUGUUUCAAGCAUCAUCAUUCUUGAUGUUAUGAAUCAUAUGUACAUGAUGUGAUGUAUGCUGUUCUGCUGCUGCUGCUGUUGCUGCUGUUGCGUAUUUCGUCAAAUUUCAUACAUAUAAUCGGCAUGACGUGUGAAUGGCAAGAAGUCUGUGCAUAUUAUGUGUCAGCAAAAGAAUGUGAGCGCGCGUAAUUUUUUUUCUUCUCUCUCUCUCUCUAUAGAAUUCUCGUUCGUUCUUUUUUUUGCUUCUGCCGUUUUAUGUUCGGCUUGGUGCUGGUGUCUGUUGCCACUUCGGCUGUCAAAUGCGUGUACAUACACUCAAUUUAGAAUGCAACAAGGCAAGAAAUAAAAUACAAAACGAAAAAUUUUAUUCGAAAGACUAACAAAAACACAGCGUGGAAACGGAAAAAAAGUGGCUCAUCUGAAGCCAUGUGAACAAAGCGCAACCACUUCUUCACAUAUCAUGCAAAAUAUGUUAAGGGUUUAUGUGAAAUAAAACUUCGUGUUUUGUUGGCAUUUGAUUUUGCCUUGCUCACCUCGUCUCGUCUCGCCUCGCCACGCUCAUCUCGUUAUUGUCAUCAUGAUGUGAUGCUGCUGUCUUUCGCCUCACAGUAUUUAUUUUGGUUUUUAUUUGUUUUUUUCUUUGUUUCUUCCGAUUUAGCAGCGAUUUGCACAUAUACACAUCUUGUCACUACCGGAAUGACGAAUUGAUAGUCAUUUGUGUUGAUUUUUUUUUUGCUUUGCAGCAUCUCAUUUGUCUAUUAUUCGUUAUGUUGUUGGCAUUCAUGUCUAUAUUUUUCGCUCUUUUCUUUCCUUUAUUUUCAACCGUGCACGAAUGGUUUUGUGCUUCCUAAUUGUGUCUUCUUUUUGGCAUUCUAUUUUUUUAUCUCUUCAUUUUGGUUUUUUAUGUAUUGUCAUCGCGCUCGCCGCUUAUAUUUUCCACUCACAUCAUUUUUUUCUUCUUCUUCUUUUUUCUCGUUGCUUCUCCUUUUUUGGUUUGGUUUGCGUAUUCAAUUUUUGUGCCGUUUUUAUUGCGAUCCAUCACAUUUGUUUGCACGUAACGUGCUCUCGCCCCUGAAGUAUACUCACAACAUCAUACCACGCGCGUAACUCUGAAAUCAUCAUACACACAGUGGUAGCAGCCAGAUGACGAUGAUUCUUCAUGGUUAUAUUUUUUUUCUAUAUCGUUGUUUUUUUUUCUUCUGUUCAACUGUGGUGGCGGUGGCAGCGGCUGCUGCUUCGAUUUCAUAUGCGCUCGUGUUUGAGUUGAGUGGUAAAAUAUGCACAUAAUAAGAAUGUGAUUGAGAAAUAACAACGCAGUUUAUCUGCUGACAAUAAAAAAAAAUGAGAGCGAGGGAGAGAGAGAAGAGUGAAUGUUCUGUUAUGUUUCGUGAACUGUUUUCGCUGCCAUUUUCUUCUGAAUACAUGAAUAUUGAAUUGCCGCCCCAAAACCAGGGCACACACAUUCUCUCGUUUCAUUCACGACAACGACGAUGAUGUUGACGACGAUAUGGUAAUUCGCUACAAACAAAAACAAUGACAUCGCACGGCACACACGACGUGAAAACUGGAAAACGAAAAUAUUUAUUUCAUAUUAUGCACGUUAAACAUCUAUAAAUUGUGCUGAGAACAAAAUAAUAAUAAUUGAAAUGGAGACGUCACUAAAUAAACAAAUGUGUGUCUAAGCAGAAACGAGUCUAAUAACAUUUUGAAUCAUAUUGUUUUUCUUUCUCUCUCUCUCUCUCUCUUUGAGUGUCUGUCUCUACUUGUCUUGUCUCAAUGCUAUAACUAUCGUGUAUUUUUUUUUCUUCUCUUCUUCUUUUUUCUCUCGUCUCUUUGCUUCGAUUCACUUCGUUGGAUCGUUGAAUUGCCGACAAUUUAUGCAUAUGAUGUGCGACAACAACAAUAAACAACAAAUUCAACAAAAUAAAGGCGACUACAAGGAAACCAAAUUACUAAACUAGGAAACAAACACUACAAAUUCAAUUCAUUGCUCAAAAGCGCGUGCUAAAAUGACAAUGGACCCUGGCAAACGUUUUAUUGGCCCCGUUGUGAAUGCGUCCGAUGAUAACCAUGUAGCCAUCAUAAGAACAACAUAAAUUGUAAAAGUAAAACGCAUCACUUCGCAUAUAAUUGGCUCAUUCUCCCACCGCCUCGACCGUUCGGUGCUAUAACGAUCACCAUCAAAGCACAUCGAGACGAGAGACUUUGUGGACGUGCUGUGUCGAGCAGAGACAGAGCGAGAGCGAGUGAAAAAACGAAAGAUUUUUGGGAGAAGUGAGCAACCAACGGGCGAAAGAAAAAGAAGAGCGAGGAAUUUCGUCAUCAUCCUCGGUGUCAUUGUGCGUUUUCGGCGAGCUUGUUUCCUUUUAAUGUGUAUGUGCUGUGUAUGUGCGUGACAUUUUCACAGCACACUUUGUGAUAUGAAUCGAAUUCGGACGACUUUUACAAGGUCUAGAACACCAACAGGUGCCGAAAUGAAAAUGCAAAGCAGUCUGGAAGUACCGCGACAGGUUCGGUCUACAUCGUUUGAUGAAUUCCAAUUGGAAGCGAAUCGAACGGCAAAAAAUCUCAUCGAUCACCAGCAACACUCGACCGAUGAGAGUACGGCUGCUCUAUUGCAAGUGCCACAAUUUCUGUUCGGUACGCAACGGUCGCGAAGCGUUGAAUCUGGUUCGAUCGAUUCGAGUGUGGCCAGCUAUCUCGAAGUGCCGAAACGAUUUCAACGGCGACGAUCAUCCAAUACCAAGUCACCGGUACAAUGUGUGCACUGUAUGUACAUUGAAGAGUACGAACGUUGGUUGGAGGGUGGUGGCAGCGGUGCUGGAUCAGCGUCCGAUAAAUCGAAAGACAAUGAAGACCACUCAACAAGCGAUACAUCGAUUAGCGAUGACGACGACACUGACGAAUCUGAACGCAUCGAAAACUCCUAUAAAAAUCAUCUAACCAUUCCCACUCUCAUACCACCACCACAACAACAACAACCAUGCAACAUAAAAUUUUCACUAUCGCCAACUGAUGCAUCAUUUCCUUUACAAUCAGCUCAUGAUGAACAGCCGCCUGUUUCUUCGCCUCCAAUUGAAACUCUUUGUGAUAUUCAGCCUGUACCCGCUAUUGAUAUUGAAUUUCCUGCCCAGUUGCCGAAUCGUGGACGCCGCCGAUCCAUAUCACGCCAGGAGGCGAUUUUCAUCGAACCAACCGGCAGCUCACUGGAAAAUCUUGAUUCAGUGAAAUCGCCCACGGAAACGGAACCGAAGAAAAUUCUAACAAACAACGAAAAACUGAGCACCAGCGGUGAUUCAAGUGAUUAUGUUCAAGAUUAUUUUUUAGCUGUGCCCGAAGCCGAUUUGCGACGCGAUCGCGCCGCCUCCGUUGAUUCCAGCUUCUCGAAAUUGUCAUCAAAUGGCAAAACGGAAGAGUUACAACCACAAAUCGAUGGAUUUUUGGCGGUGCCCACGAACGCCGUUCGAUCACGUUCGGUAGAUAUUGUGCUACCCACCAAUGAACAAGCACGGUACAAAGCGCUUGCAUUGGCCGGGCCAUCAAUGUCGAAACGAAAUGGGACGAGAAAAAUCAGUCAAGUACCUGAUUGGAGUGACAGUGCGCAGGCCAGCGAUCAUUUGUGGCAGCCAACAUCGAUUUCGGGGGAUUUUUGCUAUGUCGGCGAAAGUGAAUGCUCGAGACACGGACCGCGCAUGAAGUGUUCAGCAUGCAAAAUGGUGGCUCAUACCAGUUGCAUUUCGAUUAUCAUGAAUCGAACACAAUUGUCAUGUAAACCAUCAUUCAAAGACGUAAGCAUACGGCAAUACGGCGAAAAACGAACUAAUCACCAUCACUGGAUCCACCGUCGAACGGAAAAAGGAAAAUGUAAACAAUGUGGCAAGUCGAUUCAAGCGAAACUAUCAUUCAGUUCGAAGGAAAUAGUUGCAAUAUCAUGUGCCUGGUGCAAGUUAUCAUUUCAUAAUAAGGAAUCAUGUUUCAAUCCAGAACGUAUCGGCGAGGAGUGCUCUCUUGGUGAACACUCCAACAUCAUUGUGCCACCGUCAUGGAUUAUAAAGCUGCCGCGCAAAGGUAGCUUUAAAUCGUCGCUGAGAAAAACGUCCCGGAAAAAGGAAGUAUCGAAGAAGAAAUCCAAAGAAAAGGAAUCCAAAGCAUUUGUGAUUAAACCCGUUCCGACGACCAAAGUCACGCCUGUGUUAGUGUUUAUCAAUCCGAAAAGUGGCGGAAAUCAGGGUGUGAAACUUUUGCAAAAGUUUCAAUGGCUACUGAACCCUCGUCAAGUAUUUGAUUUGACACAAGGUGGACCGAAGAUGGGAUUGGAAUUGUUUCGAAAAGUGCCGCAGCUGAGGAUUUUAGCGUGCGGAGGCGAUGGUACUGCUGGAUGGAUUUUAUCGGUUUUGGAUCAAAUGCAUUUCGAAACGCAGCCAGCUGUUGGUGUAUUGCCGUUGGGCACUGGCAACGAUUUGGCGCGCGCUUUGGGAUGGGGUGGCGGUUAUACCGAUGAACCGAUUUCAACGAUUCUCAAGAAUAUUGGCGAUUCGGACACCAUACUGUUAGAUCGAUGGAGUUUAAAAGUCACACCGAACCCGAACGCAAAAGAUGAUAAGAAACGUGAUGGAAAAGACAAUUUGCCUUUGAAUGUUGUGAACAAUUAUUUUUCAUUUGGAGUCGAUGCCCAUAUUGCGCUCGAAUUUCAUGAAGCACGUGAAGCCCAUCCGGAACGAUUCAAUUCGCGGCUUCGUAAUAAAAUGUUUUAUGGCCAGGCGGGCGGAAAGGAUUUGCUAAAACGCAAAUGGAAGGAUCUCUCUGAAAUGGUAAUUCUUGAAUGUGAUGGCAAGGAUAUAACGCCAAAACUGAAGGAGCAUCGUGUACACGCAAUCGUAUUCUUAAACAUUCCAAGCUACGGUGGCGGCACUCGCCCUUGGGCCAGUUCUGGUGGUAAACAAGCGACCGACGAUGGUUUGAUUGAAGUGGUCGGAUUAACAACAUAUCAAUUGCCAAUGCUGCAGGCUGGUAAACACGGUACAUGCAUCGCACAGUGUAAAACAGCGAAAAUUGUUACGUCAAAGACAAUCCCAAUGCAGGUAGAUGGUGAAGCAGCCAAGCUGAAGCCAUCGAUCAUUGAAUUAAGUUUACUCAACAAAGCUUUGAUGUUAGCGAAAAGGAAACCUGGUAGAGUUAAUGUAUUGCAAACUAGCAAUGAACCAAUUCCUAUUACAAUAAAUAAAAUAAGUAUGACUGAUUACGAAACUCAUCACUAUGAUAAGGAUUUGCUCAGACAAUCGGCUACAUUCUUUGCGACCAUCAAGCUGAAUACGAUGACGGAUUUGGAACAGAUUCGAAAGGCCGUUGAGAGUUAUUGUGAAGAAAAUGCAAACACGCCGAAAUUGUUGCCGGAUUGGUGUUUCCUCGAUUCUUGUACUGCCGAAAGAUUCUUCCGAAUUGAUCGUGCCCAGGAGCACUUGCACUAUUUAACCGAUAUUGCCACCGAAACGAUGUACAUACUGGACCAAGAACUGAUGACGUUGCCGCAAACACCGGACGAUGAGGUGGCGAUGCCAUCGGGAAUGCCGAGCAAGCGUAGCAAUAAUUUCAGCUCCGGUUCCAGUGACAAUUUGGAACGUGAAUCGCAUGAGAAUACUCCAACAUCACCGUUUGCCAAUCAGACGUUCUUCAAUCGAUUGUCGGCGGCGGCGCCCGGAUCGAAUUCCGAUUCCGGAAUGGACUCUAGAAAAUGUAAGAAACCUCCCCCAUUUAGUCUCAACCAUGCGCUUAGCUUAAUGCAUACGAAUGCUUUCGUUUUCCAAGACUCGCAAGAUUCUCAGAACUCGCAAAACAGUCCAAAGCAAUCGGAUGACAAGGACGAUUUAGCUGAUCCGAAUGUCUCAUUCGAUCGCAUGGUUAAUUUCAAGAGCUUUCAUGAAAGGCUUUUUGGCCUCACACAAGAUGCUUAUGGAUUCAGUAAUUUAUUGGAAAAAACCACCGAUGCUGUGAUAAAAUCUGCUAAGACCGGCAAUUUUAUAAUGUUGCGUGAUCUGCAUAUGCAAGGUUAUUCGUUGCUUUCAAUCGAUGCAACUGGUCAAACUGCCCUACAUUACGCGUGUAAAUAUGGCUAUAAGGAUAUCGUCAAGUACUUGAUAUCUUAUGCUCCGAACUCAAUCAUCAAUAUGGUAGAUAAUACAACGGGUCAUACUGCGUUACAUAAGGCUGUUCAGCAGAAACAUCGAAAUAUUUGUUACAUGCUCGUGGCAGCCGGUGCUAGCCUAACGAUGCGCGAUGCAAAUGGACUCACACCAAUGAUGGUCGCUUUUCAAGUGGAGGACAACGAUUUGGCAACUUAUCUAGAAAGUCAAGAGAAAAUGUUGCGUCCAGAAUUUGUCGAAGACAUUUAAAUCUCAACGGUAACAUUAUAUAUGACCACACAGGGAUAUAUGUGAAAUAGCAUUAAUACUGACCAAACACAGAACAAAACAAAACAAAAAUCUAACUACACGAUGGUAACGAAUGGAACAACACUUCACACGAAUACAUAGAUCAAUAAAACUCGACGGAAUAAUUGUGGAAUGUGUGAAAAAUGAAUCGGAAGUUUGCAGAACGAAAGAAUGUAUUAUUUAUUAAAAUUAGCUUCUACAAUGAUAAAAAAUUCAUUAUAUACCACCAUUUACCUACCUUUACACACACACACACACACACACACCUUGCAUUAAACAAUGUCUAUACACAACUUACUAAAAAGCCACGAUGGAAACAAACAAAAAAACCAUUCUUAUGCUUGACUAAACGUAUACCUAUUGAAUAUUACUAAAAGAACAACUACUAGCUAACAACAAAAAGAAGAAAAGUAAACUAUUUUACCCAGUGAAGCAACCGAAUUAUAUCAAAUUAUAUUAUUGUAGUGAAUUACUAAAAAAUAAAAAAUCGAGAAAAUUCUCUCACACACACGCACCGUGACCAGGUGGACCAAAAAUGUAGUGAAACUAUUGAAAUGGGAACAACACACACAGCCUACUCCUUAUUAAAUAUUAUAAUGAUAUUGUUUUAUUU